AUGACGGCAAAGACUCUAUUAGUUACAACAGGUGCUACUGUUACGUUUAAGGCUUUAGUAAUCAACGUACUUAAGCAAGAAUUUUUAUCUGGAGCAGUUAAAUUAGGAUUUAAAACCGUCAUAAUACAAUACGGUAAUGAAAUUAAAGAUAAUGUUCAUGUAAGUGAAAAGUUUGUUGAGGAAACAUUAACGAAUCUGGACCUUUUUAAUAGGUUGAACCUCAAGCCAAUAUCAUCAAAUUCAGACACGUUUCCAAAAGAGAAGCAAUUGAAGAUUUAUUCCAAUUCAGACUUUGAAUUAUUAUUAUUGCCCUUCUCUAAUAAUAUUAACUAUUACGUCAACAAGGCUGAUCUUGUUAUAUCUCAUGCAGGGACGGGUUCUAUAAUAGAUGCAUUACGAUCAAGUAAGAAGUUACUUGUUGUUAUUAAUGAUACGUUGAUGGAUAAUCAUCAAACGGAAGUUGCUGCCGAAUUCUGCAGGCAGAAUUAUUGUGGCAGCUUAGGUUCCAAGGAUAUUACUGAUUCUAGAAUAUUCUUAGACGCAAUUCAACGUCAAUUAGUCAAUUCCAAUACAGAGUUCGUCACUGAUACUUCCAAUAUCAUCCAAUCGAUAAUAUAUGAAGAGUUGGUGUCGUUGUAA